GCCCGGAAGUCGUGGCGGAUGGUCAGGCAGGAGGGUAGCUCGUGCGAUCUGAAACCCGUGUCCGGUGUGUUUUCUGCCCCAACCUGCGUGCUGGGAUCUGCUGACCGGUUUGAGGAAACAAGAAGGGUUUUAAUCUCCACUGUCCGAGCAGCAAUGGGCCCUGGAUAGAAUUUUCUGGAAAGGACGGAGCUUUUAGUUUCGAGUGCGCCAGUCGAACGCUCCCCAGUGAGUAGCACAUCCCGAUUCUGUGCUGGGAAAAGCAACGCCGCCAAAAUAGCCGGCCCGUGCAGGAAGCGGCGCAGCUCGGACUCAGACCCCAGUGAAAGCGGCUCGGCCGGCGGCAGCGAGGUGAGAAACAGCCGCCCUGUCAGCGGCAAGUGGCUGAAGAUGGCUAGCAGCAGCAGCUCUGCAUCAGGCCCUGCGAGCCGUCGGAGAGCGCAGAGAGGAGCUGAGGAGAGCAGCAGCAAGAAGAAGCAAAAAGACCGAGCUAACCAGGAGAGCAGAGAGGCCAAGCGCGCGGCCACUGCGGCUAACCUGGACACUAAGAAAGAUGUAUUUCUAGACUGGAAGCAGAAUGCAGAUGAGGUGAUCGUCAAGCUACGGUGUGGUGAGGGUGCACUGAAGCUGGAGAAUGUUGACACUGCCUUUUCAGACACGGCCUGCCAAGUCCGCUUCCCAGAUGGGCGAGAGUGGAGCUGUCACCUACACGCCGAGAUAGAGAGCUCCUGCAGUAAAGUGCUGUACAAGGAGAAAGGCAGCAUACUGCAACUCAUCAUGCAAAAGAAAGUCCCCUUCCACGACUGGCCCACUCUUAUGAACACUAAAGAGAACAGUCCAGUGAACAUCUUGAGGGAGAAUGAAUGCAGUCAAAAGUCAUCAACGGACCGCUCUGAGAAAUCCAGCCUGAGCUCUGAAACGCUCAAACCUUCCAGCAGACUGGAAGAGCAGGCACCACCGACAGAUCCGAAAUGUAGUAAACCUGACCGUGGUGUAAAAAGAGGGAUGAAGAAGAAACAGGUGGAGAACACUGAGAGUGCAGGUGUCAGAGUAUCUGAGACUAAGACCGGUGCUAAAGGAGACCUGACACCUGAGCCCACUGCCAAGAGAACUGUCCGUCCUUCCAAAAGCACAAAGGAGCCCACUGUAGCAUCUAGCCCUGCACGUGAGCAUCAGCUCAAACCAGUAGUCAAUGGCAAACCCCUAACAAGCUGUGGAUCUGCCUCUGUGUCCACUACUGCCCGAGAAGGCAAAUUACAACCCCAGAUUAAAGCAAGCCAGGGAGUACAAAAAGAGAAAGAGAUGGAAAAAAAGACAGACGGCCGCACUCAGGCCGAAGCGGGUAAAAAUAAGAAUCAGGUAACUGUUUGUGAGCCAAGGCUAGAACCACAUGAGCCAUCUCCUCCCAAAGUAAUACCUCCUGGAGAAACCUGUAAGACUGGGGAGACCAGCAGAGGAGGAACUGCUCCAGAAGACAGAGAGAAAAACAAAGAGCAAGGGAGGAAUGAAGGCGCCAUGCAGGACCGAAGACAAACGGAUGUCCCAGCUCACCGUGUGGAAUCUGGAGAGAUCGUUCCAACAAUUGACUCCAAGAGGCAAGUGAUUAAAAAUACAGAGGAGGAGAAGAGGGACAGAUCUAAAGAGGAACCAUGUGAGAAGAGUCUCGAGAAAGACAGAGAGCCAAUGGUGAACCUGUCAUUUGUGAAGAAUGAUUCAUAUGAGAAAGGGACAGACCUGAUGGUUGUCAAUGUCUACUUGAAGGAAAUCUGUAGAGAGAUUUCCAAGGCGCUCUUCAGGGAACAAGACUUCACCCUCAUCUUCCAGACCAGUGAUGCUAAUUUUUUACGUCAACAUCCAGACUGUGGACCAAACACUGUCUUCAAGUGGCAAGUCAAACUCAGGAACCUGAUUCAGCCGGAACAGUGUAGUUUUUGCUUCACUCCAUCUCGUAUAGACAUCACCCUGAGGAAGAGGCACAGUCAGCGAUGGGGAGGUCUGGAAGCCCAGGUUUCACAAGGUGCAGUGGGGGGUGCGAAGGUUGCUGUGCCCUCUGGGCCUUCCUCCCUUGAUAAGAGUCAGCCAGGGAGCAGUCAGCAUGCUCUGCCUGCCAAGGAGGAGCCUCGAGCAGGGGAGGAGAAGCCUAAAUCCUCUCGGACACCAGAGGAUGGUGCGUUAGAUGCCGUGGUUCCACAUUCUGUCUCUGAUCAUGUUCCAAUCAAACAAGAGCCAGCAAUCACCACGCCAAAGCCCACAUGUAUGGUGCAACCAAUGACCCAUGCUCCUCCUGCAAGUGGUGAGCGACCUGAGGAAGAGGAGGAGAAGAAGGUGUGUCUCCCUGGCUUCACAGGGCUGGUCAACCUGGGAAACACAUGCUUUAUGAACAGCGUAAUCCAGUCUCUCUCCAACACGCGUGAACUGAGAGACUAUUUCCAUGAUCGAGCGUUUGAGACAGAGAUCAACUGUAAUAACCCCCUGGGUACCGGUGGAAGGUUAGCCAUUGGGUUUGCAGUGCUGCUGCGGGCGUUGUGGAAAGGCACUCACCAUGCUUUUCAGCCCUCCAAAUUAAAGGCAAUAGUGGCCAGUAAGGCCAGUCAGUUUACAGGUUAUGCCCAACAUGAUGCCCAAGAAUUCAUGGCGUUCCUCUUGGACGGUCUGCACGAGGACCUGAACCGUAUCCAAAACAAACCCUACACAGAAACGGUGGAUUCAGAUGGCCGCCAGGAUGAGGUUGUUGCAGAAGAAGCAUGGCAAAGGCACAAAAUGAGGAAUGAUUCAUUCAUUGUUGAUCUGUUUCAAGGCCAGUACAAGUCCAAGCUCGUAUGCCCAAUGUGCUCCAAGGUUUCUAUUACCUUUGACCCCUUCCUAUACCUGCCUGUCCCUCUACCUCAGAAACAAAAGGUGCUCACUGUCUUCUAUUUUGCUAAGGAGCCCCACAAGAAACCAGUCAAGUUUUUGGUGAGUGUUAGUAAAGAGAACUCGAGCACAGCAGAAGUGUUGGAGUCGAUUUCCCGGAGUGUGAGAGUCAAACCAGAGAACCUAAGACUGGCAGAGGUGGUGAAAAAUCGUUUCCAUCGGAUAUUCCUUCCUUCUCACGCCCUUGAUACCGUUUCAUCCACCGACAUGCUCUUCUGCUUCGAGGUGCUGUCCAAAGAGCUGACUAAGGAGAAAGUGGUGCUGCUUAGGGUCCAUCAGAGGCUUCAGGUUCCCAGUAUUCCUAUACUCAAGUGUGCUGCCUGUCAGAAACCUCCUCUGUCAGACGAUGAGAAACUGAGGCGCUGUACACGCUGUUAUCGUGUGGGUUACUGCAACCAGGCUUGCCAGAAGAACCACUGGCCCACCCAUAAAUCUCUAUGCAGACCCAACUCUGAGAAUGUAGGCCUGCCAUUUUUGAUCAGUGUGCCUGAGUCGAGGCUGACCUACACCCGCCUCACUCAGCUACUUGAGGGAUAUUCCAGGUAUUCAGUGAACGUUUUCCGUCCUCCGUUCCAAUCUGGUCGGACCUCCCCUGAGGCUAGCCUGUCUCGUGCUGAUCACCAUCUAUCAACCGGUUCAACUGCUGAGGGAUCUGGUACAGAGGAGGAAGAACUUCAUGCAGUUGAAGAAGGAGAAGUUGAGGAGCAGGCCAGUGUGUCUUCUGAAAUGGCAGCAGCACAGGCCUCUGCUCACUCAGCCGAAGACCUGAACUCUCUGUCCACUCAAACCACAGAUUCUGCCUUCUCUGAGCUGCUGUCCUGCUCCCAGGAUCCUUUUGGAGAGAAAGAAACGUCUUGUGAAAAGGCUGUGAAACCAGAAGCUGCAGUCACUGGGUACCAACAACCCUCAGAAUGUAGUUACAGGAGUGGUUCUCAAUUCUAUAUCUCACUACAAGAUGCCAACAACAAGGAAGUUAAACUUGAAGACAAAGGUGAUGGAGUUCUGGAGGUGCCUGAAGACUGCACAGUGGAGCUGGUGUGGAAGAAUAAUGAGCGGCUAAAAGAGUAUGUGCUGGUGCGCUCCAAAGAGCUGGAGUUUGAUGAGGACCCAGGCUCUGCCAGUGAGACUGCCCGGGCAGGACACUUUACACUCGAGCAGUGUCUCAACCUCUUCACCAAACCUGAGGUGCUAGCACCCGAGGAAGCAUGGUACUGUCCAAAAUGUCAGCAGCACAGGGAGGCUUCCAAACAGCUUCUGCUUUGGCGUCUGCCGAAUGUUCUCAUCAUCCAGCUCAAACGAUUUUCUUUCCGAAGCUUCAUCUGGAGAGACAAAAUAAAUGACAUGGUGGACUUCCCUGUGAGGAACUUGGACUUGAGUAAAUUUUGUAUUGGCCAGAAGGAGGAUGUCCAGCAGCCCCCUAUUUAUGACCUAUAUGCUGUUAUAAACCACUAUGGUGGAAUGAUUGGAGGUCACUACACAGCUUAUGCUCGUCUACCGAAUGACAAAAACAGUCAGCGCAGUGAUGUUGGCUGGCGUCUGUUUGAUGACAGCACCGUGACUACAGUAGAAGAGAGCCAGGUGGUGACCCGCUACGCCUAUGUGUUGUUCUACCGACGUAGGAAUUCUCCCGUAGAACGACCUCCUCGCCUGCUCGACCCGCUGGGAGCCGAGUCUCCCGCUGCAGCCGGAGCAGCAGCCAGUCAGGCGUCUCUGAUAUGGCAGGAACUGGAGGAAGAAGCAGAAGGGCAACAAGGCGCUCCCUCCUGGAGCCUCUUCCGGCCCAGACUGCGACAGAGAAGACCCAGGACGAGGCUGGGAGAAGAGGGUGACCGGCAUAGAGGGCUUUCAUGGCGCAGACAGGAAGGCGUUUCUGAUCAUUCUGAUGAUGACCGUACUACAUAUUUCCUCCUGGGCACUAUGGCUGCAGUGUUCGCAUUGCUGCUUAACAUCUUCUAUCCCCUGAUAUACAAGUCUCAUUAGGGAUAAGCUGAGAAGUGUCAUGUAGAGUGUAUAUAUGUACAGUGUGUUUGUUUUAUAUAUAUAUGUGUGUGUGUGUGUAUAUACACAGAGAGAGAGAGACACACACACAGACACGUGUAACAUGCAUCUAAAACACAUACAGUUGCUGUAGCUGGAUGGUUUAUUUAUUGUGUAAAUGAGGCUAAGAGCCUCUGUGACUUCUGUAUAAGUAUAGAAUGAACAUUUUUAAAUGUCUGUUUUAUUUUUGAUUUUUAAAUAGAACAGUGUAUAAUAAAUUAUUACUUAUGUACAGUACAAUAAUCUGUACUACCUUAAAGACACUUGAUUACAGGGCAAACUCAGGGCAUCCUGUAACUCUGACAUUAUUUUUAUUUCUUAUUCACAUCAUCUUCAGUAGAAACUUCAACACGCUGACUUUGAUUUUAAAAUACUCUCUCAGUAAUCUACAGCUGUGGUCACUCCAUAAUGACUGGCCUUACUGUGUAAAUCUAGAUUUUAUUCAGGUGAGUUUCUUACUGAUGGGUGCUGUUCUGUCCACCAUGACGACUGUUGUUUUGUUUGUUGCUGUGGAUUAAACUCUCAGAAUGAUCUUUGAAUUCUGUUGUUUUUGGUUAGCAUUUUAAUCUGAUUGUUUUUUUUCUUUUUCUCUCUGUUUGUUUUGCCAGCUGGUGAUAUCGCUGUCUUUUUUUUCUUUUCUUUUUUUUGCCCCUUGCUUUAAUUAGAGGUGUUCAGGACUGAGGGCCUCAUGUGCCUCACACCUCCAUUGUUCUGGGUUCAAUUCCCACUUCACCCUGAUUCACACGUUCUCCCCUUUCUCUCGGAGUACUCUGGCUUCCUCCUGCAGUCAAAAAGACAUGCACUGAAGGCUGAGUGGCUUGUGUGUGUGUGUGUGUGUGUGUGUGUGUGCAGUUCUACUAUAAGCACCCUGUCUAGGUUGUGCCCCUAGGGAUUGGGCAACCCUGUGUUUUAAAAAAAAAAAAAAAAAAAAUGCACACGGCGUCACACAUGUUAAUGAAUGUGGUCUUUCUUUCUUUUCUUUUUUUUUUAAUGUUUUGCCCUGUGGUCUUCAUAACUGACCACAAGGACAUGCCCAUUCCCAUGGUGUUUUUGGUGGAUGCUGUGAGAUCUCAGUCCUGAUGCACACCUCUAGUAAAUGUUUGUAAAUGUUCUCAGAUAAACAGUAAUGUGUGUUUUCUUUAGACAUUUUGAUGGCCUUCACUUUGUAAGGGAAUGUAGUGCUAGCUGGAGUGGUCAUGGCCUCAGGGAUGUAAUUUGAUAAUAUUUACUGAAGCCAUUUAUCCUGCACUGUGUCUGAUUAUCUCCAGGAAAUGCUUUUAAUACCACUAAACGACUUAUUUGAUAAAUUACGACGUAAAUGUUAAUGCAGGUUUACACACACACACACACACACACACACUCUGAUGCUAGAAACAGCUGUUUCCUGUAUGUUAUUGCAUAUAUACACUAUUGUAACUUUAAAUGGUUCUUGUUUUCCACAUCGUUCUCAUGAGAAUAUCUCUCUAUGAUGAGUCUACAUUCUUGCAACUGCACAGCCUUGGGUUUCAUUUAAUUCUCUCUUGUAAUGAUGUUAGUGUUUAAUCUUUGGUUGGUUUGUGCAAACUGUAUAAAAUACUUUUCCAUGUUUUAGAAGCUGUUUUAUAUUAAGUAUGUAUAUUAAUUUAUUUAUGCUAACGUUCUAUUUUUGCCGUGAUCAUCACCACAGAGUCUACUGCAGUGUCCUGAGUGCUUAAGUCGAGUUCCCUGUAAUUCUGUUUUGUAAAUAAAAUGACAGUCCUCCAGUGCACACAUGUAUUUUUGCUUGAUUUCUUUGUAAUCUUUAUAACUAUCCGGCAAAUAACAUUUCUCUCCUUCCUUGCAGCAGAAUGGCAGUGAUUUUUCUUCUUGGCUUUGCUUUAUAGUUAUAAAGGAGCGUGUAGCCUUUUCUCACUUGGCGUUGAUGUGCACCAGACGGGGCGUGAAAUCUCCC